CGUCAAACAAAAAAUAUAAAAAAGAAUAAGAAGUUGGCUAAUUUCUUGAUCAUUUUAUGCUUUUUAUAAUUUUGAAAAAAAAAACCAAUUAAUAGUAGAAAUGAGCGACUCUGAUUUAGAAACUAUUAGAAAACAAAUAUUAGCGCAAUACCAAUCGCAACACAAUGAUGGAGAUUCUAAAAAUCAGCAAGCCAAGGAGGAACAACUUAAGGCACAAGAGGACAUGAAAAAUGGAAUUUUGGCACAAAUAUUAGAUCAAUCCGCUCGUGCCAGAUUAAAUACUAUUAUGUUGAGUAAACCAGAAAGAGGAAAAAUGGUGGAAAACAUGUUAGUCCAAAUGGCGAGGACUGGCCAAAUAUGCACUAAAAUUGGAGAAAAGGAUUUGAUUGGUUUAUUGGAGAACGUCAAUAAUCAAACAAAAAGUACUACUUCAGUGAAAUUCGAUAGGAGGAGGGCCGCAUUAGAUUCAGACGAUGAAGAUUUCUAAUAUUUUUUUUAUAACAAUAUUAAGAAUACUUUAUUACAACACUCAACAUUUUAUACAAUUUACACAUAAAUUAUAACUUUAGAAAUAAAAUAAAUACUGAUUACAUUA